AAAAUUGUUUUUUUUUUAUUAUUAUGAAAUGUCUGUAAUUUCAUACGUUUAAUGGAUGCGACAGUUAGCUUUUAGGUCAACAUCACGAUAUAGGUGUGACUCUCCUUUUAAAAAACUCGUCAUGGGGCUGUCCCGUCAAAUAUUGUGACGUCAUCUAGGGCAUAAUGUCGGGCUAGAUAAUUUUGUCAACAAUCAUGGCGGCGCGCGGCAGUUAACACUACCAACCCCGGAAGCGAAGUGGCGCAGUUGUGUGAAUUAGGAAAUGGAAGUCUGCAAUAUGGACGUAAACCUAUAGAUCGUGAGUAAUUGUACUGUACAACAUGAGUGGAAAGUUAGCACAGGAAAUUGACAUGGAUGUGGUGGCAUUCUUUGCUGGCGAGUGGAGGAAAAAGUUUCCGUCUGUCAACGAGCCAGACUUAUUGAAGUUAGAUAUUUUUUCAUCGCGAAAUAUGUCAUUUUCUGAACUUCAACAAUUACACGAAGAUGCAAGAUUGAAAGUGAUAAAUAUCAAAAGUCAACUUGAUCAAGCAGAAUUUAUGGAAGAUUUCUUAUCGAACAUUUUGACUGUUCGUUCUGGACGAGAUAUCGGGGACGGCAGUUACACGGAAGCCAGUGAUUUGACAGGUGUUACAAAGAUAAGUGUAGGCUCAGGUAAAGAUGGGAUGGCUACUAACAUGGUACAUCACAGACGGGAGGGAGGUGACCACAUGGGGGGUCAAGCGGUCACUAAAAUCACUGUUGGUGAUCACCACGAAGGAGGAUCAGGCAAGACGAGGGUCCAGGGUCUUGUGCCGAGAGGGCCUGGCACAGGUAUGUCAACAGGUAAAAAACAGGUGGGUACAGACUUUUCAUGCACCUGGCUGGACAAUUUGACAGGUAUACAAAAAGAAAGUGGAUCCUCAUCUGAAGAAGAAACAGAUGUCGAUAAUACACAGGUAAACUCACUGCCUGAGGAUUUUAAAGAUAAGAAUUUCACAGGAAAUUCUAGGGUGGUAACAGGUAAUCUAGCAACUGUGGUAUUAGGAACAGAGAGCACUGACACAACAGAUGUGUUUCAUACAAACCACCAAAACUCGGACAAUUUAAGGACAAGUUUGACGUCUCUUGGAGAAGAUGACAUAAAUACGGGUGAGCCUAGUGAUUCUCAAUACUAUGGUAAUAAUCGUCAAUCUGUAUCGGAUCGUGUUAAAUCAGUAGAGAGGAAGAUAUCUUGUAAGAAAACUUUUGAGGGUCAUAGUGAACCAUCAGUCGAGCACUCGAAGACUCCUCCCCCACCACGACCAAGACCAAUCAGCCGACCUCGGUUAUCUCGACCAAAACCACCCCCAUUCUCAAGGAAUCCAAGUAACGAUACCGACCCACUUCCACAGAAAAGUGAGAAUGAACCAGAAUUAACAUCCUCCCUGAAAUACCGGAGGCCUGCGGAUACAAACCUUGACACUGGACCUGCUGAUGAUCCACCGUCUCCUGUGUCCAUUGACAACAAAUCUGAAAUUGAUCCUACUCAUUGUCGUUCUGAUUCAGCUGACUCGUAUAGAUCAGGAAAUGAAACUGAAACUACAGCCAUUGAACGCAUAACAGUCACUUCCCCAGCUGACACUGACAUUACUGAACACGAAGUUGUAUAUGUGUCACAAGAUUGUGGAAACGAUUCAGGGGAUGACAGUAUGAAGAAAAUAAGGAAACUUUCCAGGGGUUAUAGCAAAGAUUCCGAAACUCAAAAUGUCCUUGGUACGAGUUUUAGAAAAUUUCCUGAUAGUGUAUCAGAUGAAGUUGUUGACACUAAAAACAAUGGAGACAUUGUUGACACUAAAAAUAAUGGAGACCUUAGUCCUCAUAAUGAAGAAGAAAAUUUUGACACCGGUACAAAAAGAUCGUUUGAGGAUGUUGUUAAACGAAUAAAAGACAGGGAACUACAUAAUACACAAACCACUUCUUCAGAUAAGAAAAAGAAAUCAAACUAUUUAAAUGUUUCACUUAAUGUACUAUUAACACAAAUUGAUAGACUCAAAGUUUCUGAUGAUAGUUCGGAUUCGGAGAAUGAAGAUGGAGCGGGGACCAGAGAUGCUGGAGACAUUCCAGGGGAGACAAACACAAAAAAGAAAGAAACAGAUGCUAGCAACACCCAGGAUGGUAGCAGACUGUCCAUUCCUGAUGUUCAACACACCCAUAGGAAGAAAGUUUCCACUACAUCCAUAGACACUCAGUCAGAUGAGGAUACAGUAGACAGAAGACACAGGAUAACAAGGACAAGGUCAGAGGAUGACCUUGACACCAUUAGCUGUGACAGCCAUGAUGAGCUGGAUGUGGCCGACCAAGAAGAAGAGACAGAAAAGUCUCGGAAACUGAAGAUGAGGAAGAUUCUUGUGAAUGGAAUACUGGACAGUGAGGAAAACUACCUGUCAUGUCUGGAUGAACUCGUCAGUUUCAAGCGUAAGUUACAAAUGAGCUGUGAGACGAACCCCCUGUGUUCUUUUGAGGACCUUACAACAAUCUUCUACAAAGUCGAGGAUAUCCAUGUCCAUCAUAAGACAUUCGUGUCCAGUCUGAAGGAGAAAGUUGACCAGUGGUCAGACGACCAGGAGAUUGGCCGUAUAUUCAAGGAACUGAUUGUAUUUUUCCCUACCUAUAAAGAAUUCGUUGAGAAUACCAAUAAAGCUCUGGAGUGUGUGACCAAGUGUGGUAAUGAAAAUCCUGAUUUUAAGAAAAUGGCUCUUAAUUUGAAAAUUGCUGGACCUCAAAGCGAUGAGUGGGUGGUGUCCUCUUUAGAAGAAAUACUGUUUAAACCUGUCCAAAGGUUACAAAGAAACACACUGGUUCUACAUGAUUUGAUCAGGGUAACACCUGAGGACCAUAAAGACUUUGCUACCCUCCAGGGGGCGCUCAAGAUUGCGGACCAUAAUUUACGAAACUUUGGAGUGGAUGAAGAUGCUAAUGAUAAGUCUGAAGACAAACAACAUCUUGUAAAGAGUGGGUUUGUGGUGGAGAUAGACGGCAGAUCUCGUAAGCUGAGAUACCUGUUCCUGUUUAGUGAUGUCCUGGUCUGUACCAAACACAAAAUCAGUGGCAGACAUAAAGUGCGCUCAUUUGAGUGUAAGUGGUUCAUUCCUAUGCCGGAGAUGGUCAUGGCACCGAAGGGUGAUAAAGUGUAUGACUGUAAGGAAGACAUUGAUGCCAUGAAGAAGAAGAUUGUCAGUUUGAAGGCAGAGUUGAGGUCUGAAAUGAAGAAUGCUGAACCAAACAAGGAACGGUGGUCUUUAGCUGGCAAAGUUCAACAGAGGUCAAUAGAUAAACUAAGGAAGAAGAUUGAAGAGCAGGAGGCGUCACUAGUCCUGGCUUCACCACAUAUGCCCAUCACAUUUUCAUCAAAGGGAGAUAAGAAGUAUAUCAUUCUAUUGUCAAAUGAUUUUGAGCGAGAGGAGUGGAGGGACGCUAUAGAUAACCAACUCAAGCAUCAUUCAUCGCAGGGACAGACCCACAAUGCCAUUCAGAGACAGCUGAGUAUCCAUGACAUCCAGACUAUGAUCAAUGACAGUAAACAGUUACCACAAGUGAACAAGAUUGGAAAUGUUUUGAUGAGGAAAGAUGAUGAGAUGCUCAAUGGUAAUCUGAAUGUAACAAUUCACACACUGGCUGGAGUGGAUGAACCGUGUGAGGUGUUCUGUCAACUGGAGCUUGACUCCUACGGACAUUUCUUCAUGAAGGCACGGACAACGAUAAGUACGUUGACGCAUGUCAGUGACCGUUCGUGGGACGAGGACUUUGAGCUUGAGCUUGAUGGAUCACAGACACUAAGGAUUCUCUGUUAUAAAAAGGAUGGAACGAUGGACGAGCUGAUAGGACGCAGUGCGUUGGAGCUGAGUAAUAGUUGGUUAAGCAGUACAUUCAAAGAACAGAAAAUAUCCAUGAGUGAUCUUGCUCUCACAAUUUCGGUGAGACAUACUCCCACCAGUAAGACACUGAAGAGACAGCCAUCUAAAAUACAGGGAGGUGUAUUUGGUGUCCGCCUGAAAAACAUCCUGAGUCGAGAAAGCAAGACCAUUCCCACCAUUGUGACAACAUGUAUGAAGGAGAUAGAGGCUAGAGGUCUGGACGAGGUUGGAAUCUACCGAGUGUCUGGGGUGACAUCAGAAAUACAGAGACUGAAAAAAACAUUUGAUAAAAACAUGCGUGCAGGAAUCAAUGCAAUUAGCAGUUGUGAUAUCCAUGCAGUUAGUGGGGUUCUUAAAUUGUUCUUCCGUGAACUGCCAGAUCCACUCUUCACAGAAGCUAACUAUAAAGCCUUCAUCAGUACAGUCGGGUUAAAAGAUCUACCAUCCAAGGAGAAGUGUAUGUUACAACUGUUACACGACCUUCCUGAUGAGAAUUACUACACGAUUGUCAGCGUCAUUGAACAUCUGGUGAAAGUAGUCAAGUGUGAGUCUGAAAACAAGAUGUCCAUUAGUAACCUAGCAACGGUGUUUGGCCCCACCCUCCUACAGCCUGCGGUCAGUGACUCCAAACUUAACCCUGCUCAGAUCAUGAUGCAGGGAGCCCAGGAUGUGUUCACCCAGGCGGAGGUCCUCUCUUUCUUCCUUAAUAUGUGUUCUAGUGGACGGAGUAUCCGUCGGUCAUCUACUUACUGAAGGAAAUAAUUAAACCAGUGGAUGUAGUUUCCAUCGGUCAUCUACUCAAUGAUGGAAACAACCAAACUAGUGGACGUAUCUAUCGAUCAUCUGCUCACUGAAAGUAAUAGCAGUAUCCAUCCAUCGAUAUGAUUUACCAGACAAGUGAUGCAGUUUACUUCAGUCAUUUUGUAAUUCCUUAGAUAUGUGGUGCAGUAUCCAUCCAUCGAUAUAAUUUGUCAAAAAACUACCAUCAUUACGUAUACUCUGUCAUCAACUUGAGGUUACAAUCAGAACAUCUGAAAUUAAGAAAGUCUAUAGAUUUGUACAAAAUAGAUACAAAAUUGAGAAAGUCUAUAGAUUUGUACAAAAUAAAUACAAAAUUGAGAAAGUCUAUAGAUUUGUACAAAAUAAAUACAAAAUUGAGGAGGUCUUUAGAUUUGUACAAAAUAAAUGCAGAAUUGAAGAAGUUCAUAGAUUUUGGAAGUUACACUAUAACUAUCCUUUAAUGCCUCAUGUCAGUGUCCCACUACCGAGUAGCAUAAUAUAAUUUAUUGUAGGGAUUUUGGUAUGUAUUACCGUGCAGUACUUUGUCAUGUCUGUGACAUAUCGGUACAGUACCACAAUUAUCUCUAAGCUAGAUAGUUUAUAUAUUGGGGGACUAACUGGUGUGUGACUUGAGUGUUAAUGUUGGUUAUAAAACUUAAUACUACUAAUUUUUGAUGGCCAUAAAAUGAACCAUAUUUUGAUGGCAGAAAUCCAUAUUAAGCUUAUCAUUGCAAAGUGCAAUAUUUGUCAUAAUAGUCAAAUAGUUGAUAUUUUGAUUGUUAAAUUCUUACAAAUUUUAAUAUUCUAAUGUAAAUGUUUUCUCUUGUUCUUUAAUUCUUAUAUCAAACAUGUUUGUUGCUUUUACAUUUAAACUUUUAAUAAGAGAGAUCUUGUCAGAUAUAUUUUUUGAAUCACAGAACUUUUAAUUUUAAUUUUCGUAGAUAUUGUAGAUACCCUGUACUGGUAACAAUGAAGAUUUCAUUCGUGUGAAUCUGUAUAUAUUUCCGAGUGACUUCCUGUAAACUUCACGAGUCAUAUCUCCUCUAAAUGUUGAGUCAGAUUUUAAAUUUCUAUAGAGUUACUACAUUCCAUGAAAGGAGUUAUGUUUAACAUUCCAUGUAAUGUUUGAUGGGUCCCUUCCUAUCAAGUGUAACUCAUGGCAAUUCAACAUAAAAUUGAUGGAGAUGGGGUGAUAUUUUCUGACACCUAUGACCCAUAAUUUAAUUAUCCUUUGUACCCACAAUGUUAACUGAUACAGUAAUUAUCUUAUGUUGAAGAUCCCAAAAUUUAUGUGCUAAAAUCAUUUUAUGUAUCAAUGAAAAUAAUGCUCUUGCCUUAGGGAUAAUGUACCCUUCUCUUUGUAAUACUGAAAUUUUAUCUCUGAAGUUUUUUGUAAUUCUGAAAUUUUAUCUCUGAAGGUUUUAGUAAUCCUGAAAUUUUAUCUCUGAAGGUUUUAUUAAUCCUGGAAUAUUAUAUCAGAAGUUCUUGUAGCCCUGGAAUUUAAUUUCGGAAGUUUCUUGUAAUCCUGGAAUUUCAUCUCGGAAGGUUCUUGUAAUCCUGGAAUUUUGUCUCCGGAGGUUCUGAUACACAGCUCCAGAGUACAUGUAAAUGCCUCAUUUUUGUUUAUCAUUCUGUCAGACAUUGUAGUCAUUGUUUAUGUCUUAUUGUGUUCAGAUUUACAGCAACCAGAGACCUAUAUACUAUACUCUGCAGCAACUAAACAUUUCUCAUCUAGUCAAUUUUAAAAAUGUGGCAUUUAAAAUGUUUUAUACAGUAUUUUGUCAUUCCAUUAAAAUUUGAUUUCAAUUUCAAAUUCACAGUAAUUCUAAAUUUUAUAAAAGAAAACAAAAAACACUGUAAGAGAGACAUUUUUGUAAUUUGACCAUAUUUGAUUAUUGAGUACUAUAUAUUCACAUCUAUAUCCCGACAAAGUAUACCAUAUACUCUGAUGCAUUCUCAGGUUAAAAAAUGUCUCCUGAUGUUUGGAAUUUGUGUUAAAAUUAAGACACUAAGUCAAUAUUCAACGUAAAAAUUGAAUUUCAUUAGUUUUGAUGUUAAGAUCAGAAAUAAAUCAUUUGUUUGUAAUGUUCUAACAGUUCCUGUUUCAUAUUAUGUGUUAAAGUUAUAUUUGCGAAAUUUAUACAUUUUAUAUUUUGAUAUACAGUCAGUGAUAAGACAUCUUCCUUCAUUGAGAAUAAUUUAUCUUUCAGUUUGCCAUAGAUACAAAGUAAAUAUAUAUAUAUACAGUAUAUUGUAAUUUACAAGGGUUUAGAAUAUCACUGUUAAAUUCAUUCUCAUGUACUUUUCUGUUUAGGUCCAUGUAACUGUUGUACAUGGCCGGGAUACAUACUGAUCUACAUUAUCAUUAUACAUACACUAACACCAUAUAAUUUUUGGUCUGGGGUCCCUGUUAAUUGUCCAAGUAUAUAUAUAUAGGGGGGAUCUAUCAAUAUUAGGAAAUAAACAAAAUUAUUUUAUGAAUUAAGCAGUAAAUAAUUAUUAGUUUAAAAGUAAAUGCUAGUAUGUAGUAAGAUGAUCAGAAAAAGAUAUAUUUACUUAGGUCAAUAUCACAACUCAUCAUCUUCUUCAGGAUCAUGAUCCAGUUAACGAGGAUGAAUUGUAUUACCUGAUAUGUUGAAAUAUGUUUUAUCUUCUAUUAAACUUAUAGUAUAUGUCAAAUUAUAAAUUUCAUAGAAACUAUCACAAUGUUUAAAACCAAGGUAUAAUUUAUGAAUCUGUUACUUCUUAUCUAUUUAAAUAUGUUCCAUUUCUGUUACCAAGCUUAUCAGAGUGCUAUGAACAAUUAUUUGCAUUUUUUUCUGGAAUGUAGUACACAAUUAUUUAUAUAUAGCAUAAUAAAAAUUCAAUUAACUUCAACUUGAUUUACAUACACAAUAAUCUGACUGGAAAGGGAAAAGCAAUUCAUCACUGAUGUUACAUUUAUGUUGUCAAUAAGAUGAAUUGAUGUUUAUUUUAUGUAAAUGUAAUUAGAAUCAAGACACCAAUCCUGUCGGAAAGUCUGCAGAUGUAUAGAUGUAUAGAGAAAUCCAGAAACCUACGUACAGUGUACAUCUGUAUCCUGUCAUCCCAUCAGUCUGAUCUUAUUAUGUUAUCUGUGCUGGCCAAAACACUACUGUUGUUUUAUAAGUGGAAAGAAAUACAAAAUAUUGUUGUUUCAAAAGUUACUGUUCUGUAUCGUUGUUGAUAUCAUACAUUUUAUUACAUUUUACAUACCAUAUUAUUGUUAAUACAUGUAUAAUCAAUACAUUGUAUUACAUUGUACAUAUCCCAUAAUAUU